CUUAAAAGUAAAAUAUAAAGCCUUCUCCUACCUUACUUUAUGUACGUUCGCUCUCACCUUGCACAGCCUCCAUCCCUCUGUCUCUCACUCUGCGCCAAAGAUUUUACAGACCAAUCUCUCUACAAAACUCAAAUGGCUGGCGAAGAUUUAAAUGAACAUGAGGCAGGUGAUAUGCCUGAGAACUCUGAUCCUCCACAGAAAGAAGGAUCUGAGAAUGAUUCUAAAGGAGUUGAAGGAAAGAAGUGGCCUGGAUGGCCUGGAGAGAAUGUAUUCAGGAUGUUGGUUCCUAUACUAAAGGUCGGUGGUAUUAUUGGUCGAAAGGGAGAAUUCAUUAAGAAAAUCACUGAGGAGACGAAGGCUCGGAUUAAAAUUCUUGAUGGUCCUCCUGGGACCUCAGAAAGAGCAGUGAUGGUUUCUGCUAAAGAAGAGCCGGAUCUUCAUAUUUCUCCUGCCAUGGAUGCUUUACUAAAAGUUCAUAAACGUCUUGUUGAUGUAGACUCUGACUCUGCUCAUGCUACAUCUGGUUCAGUGGGCACGGUUAUCACAAGAAUUCUAGUGGCAGAUACCCAGGCAGGAAGCCUAAUUGGGAAGCAGGGUUCCACUAUAAAGUCUAUUCAAGAUGCUUCUAAUUGUACUAUUCGGGUUCUUGGUUCAGAACACCUGCCGACUUUUGCUUUGCAAGAUGAUAGUGUUGUUGAGAUACAAGGGGAACCUGCUGGUUUGCACAAAGCAGUUGAACUCAUUUUGAAUCAUCUCCGGAAAUUCUUGGUUGACCGCAGUGUUGUUGGAGUAUUUGAAACGCAAAUGCAAAUGCCAAAUGUUCGACCAAAUCAGAACAUGCCCUCACACCAAUCCUGGGGCCCUCCUCCUCCUCAAGGUUUUCCAAUUAAUGCUGGUGCUGGACCUGGUUUUGCACCUAAUCCUCAAUACAUGCAGCCUUCACGUCAAUAUGACAAUUAUUACCCUCCUGCUGAGAUGCCACCUAUGAACAAUCAGCAUAUGCAGGGUCCUCCUAUGUAUGGAAGGGACUCUUCUGUGGGGCUUCGUUCAUCUAGUGCGCAGCCACAACAGCCAGUGGUCACGAAGGUUACAAACCACAUGCAAAUUCCUCUAUUAUAUGCAGAUGCUGUUAUUGGGACAUCCGGUGCAAAUAUAAGUUACAUACGUCGUGCAAGUGGGGCAAGUAUCGCAAUACAGGAAACAAGGGGUGUGCCCGGGGAGAUGACUGUUGAAAUAAAUGGAUCUUCUUCUCAAAUACAAACAGCUCAGCAGUUAAUACAGAAUUUCAUUGCUGAAGCUGCAAGCUCAACACAGAACCCAACAGGAGGAUCAAUCAGCCAGGGCUAUAAUGAUUAUCCAGCGCAUGGUCCUGCAUAUACAUCUCCGCAGUCCACAGCGGGACACGCAGGCCACCAUCCUGCCCCCGACUAUGGUUUGGUCUAUGGCAAUAACUACGGUUAUUGAGAAGCUGACGCAAGUUUUGGUGGGUUAGCUCGGCAUUUGGCUUAACGACAUGUUCUUCAAUGAUUCGCCUGGAAAAUACCAGAAAUUUGAUGUGUUGAUGUCCUGAAUUUGGUGACAUUUAGUUUUUCAUUCUCUUAACACAUUUCACGAACAAUUGAGUUGUCCCUUUUUAGGUUUGUUAAUUUCCCCUCUAAUUCUUAUUGCUACACUGGCCCCCUCCUCUGGACUGUUGCUACCCGUCCCGAAUUAUUUAAAUUAUAUAGGAUUCUUAACCAAAGUAAUGCUACGUUGGUAAUGCUUGCUUUUUC